CAGUAAGAAGUACGUCCCGGGGAACAUUCGGCUCCGUACGGCCGCGCCCCCAAAGGGAAAGAGGCGGAGCAUGUUCUUUGCAGUGCCGUGAUUGGUCGUCGUGGUCGUUUUAGUCGUGCAUGUGCGCUAACUUUUUUGCCGCGCGUGAUGUGUCAAAAUGUGCGCUAACUUUUGCCACAAACAGGAAGCGACUUUAAUGCUUGGUCAUAAUCAUUCACAUUUGUUUUUUUGUUUUUUUUAAUUGAAAUUGUUUUUAGGAUUAAAAGUGGAAAAAAAAGUCCUAGCGUGUGCGUGUUUUGUCACAAGGUGUCAUAAUCGUCGUCGUCCUGGUGUUUCCUCUUAAGCGCUUCCCCGCCGCCGCUCUGAGCGGCCACAUUGGUGGCGAUGAGGAUGUUCUUGGAGCCGAUCAGAGAAGGGUUGAUGAGCACGCCGGAAGCGGCAGGCGCGGUCAGCGGCGCUGCAAAGAAAAAGGAUCGGUCGUCGGCGAAGCUCGAUCCGAGCCGCCGACGGUCGGCGGCCUUACCGCUUUUGGCGCCGGCGCUCUGCGAAGGAGGCGGGAUCUGCACGGUGAACCUCUGACCCGUCAGCGACACCGGCGGUACCGCCUUGGCGCCGCCCACCGAUUGAACCGACACGUUUCCUAGAAAGACAACCGGGGGGUUCGGUCAGUGCGACUUCUGCCCUGUCAUAAAAAAAAAAAUGAACGCGUACCGACCUGGUGUGGGCGUAGCCGGUCUGCUGGAAACUGCGCCGACGCUGAGGCGCGGCGCCGUUAUCCUGCCGGCCGACAGCGCCUUCUUCGGCAGGAACUUGAGACGGUAGUUGGGGGCGGUCAGGCAGUAGCGGUCCGGGGGGAGGCGGGGCCCCGUGUAGGGUUUGAUGAGCGGCAGCGGCGUCUGGUUCUUCUGCCGGGCCACCUCCAACAGGAACUGACGGAGACGGCAAACCAACGUCAGCGGCUAGGCCGCCAGACUGGAAAGCACAAAAAAAAUUACAUCUCUGGGAGGCGGCGACGUGAAGGACUGGUCCAUGCGGCACUGAAUGGCCAGUUUGAUGUCGUCGGCGUCCACGUUGGACUUCUUGGCGUGCGUGGCGUAGAUCUUUGCGUCCUCGAUGAUGCUGGUCACGUAUCCUGAGAAGAGAGGAGUCGAUGUCAAGGCGCGCUCGCGUUGCCCGGUCGGACCGUGCCGAUCACUUACUGUAAGUGAACUCCAACAUUUGGUUGAUGACACGGGGCUCGUAUUCGGUCACCCCCAUGUCCUUCAGGAUCUGGAUCAUCACCUAAAAAAUAGAUGCGUUUCACAAGAUUUUAGUGCCGCUUGCAUUGGAGUGAUUCACGUUAAAGCCCGAUGACGUAAGCGUCGUGAUAUCACAUCUGCGGCACGAGUUUUGACAGUUUGCCGCCACCGCUGAUGAAAUGGGUCUACGUCAAUGCACCAGGAUUUUUGCGAUAAGAUUCAAAGCUCUUGCCUACACCAGUAUAUUCCGGUAGACAGUUUGUUUAGGCAGAAAUUUCAAUGAACUGAAGCCAUUUUCGCCCGAAUGGCUUGGAUUUUGCUCCGCAGCUGGAGAGGAGGAGCGGGGAUGCUGUCUUCGCUGGAUGCAGUCGCCAUGGAAACACGCACACACAUCACCCUGAGUGUCUCCAUCCAGAGGACAUCCGGAAUUCCAAAAACCACCUCUUUGUUGCCAUCUCUCCUCCGGUCCGCUCAUCUCACCCGCGAUUGGUCCGGCCCGUUCCGCCCGUUCCCCCUCUGGCCAAUCGGCGGGCCGGACCGCUGCCGAGAUCAAAGUCCAAAGUCCUCCGUCUAUCCGUCCGGAGGCGAGCCGGCCGGCGCCCCUGAGCGCGCUAUGGCCGCGCGGGAGUCCGGCGGCGGGACGGCGGCGCGGCAGAUUGACGAGCAGUUUUUGGUGUGCGGCGUCUGUCUGGACCACUACAGCAACCCCAAGGUCCUGCCCUGUUUGCACACCUUCUGCGAAAGCUGCCUGCAGAACUACAUCCCGCCCGAGUCUCUGACGCUGUCGUGUCCGGUGUGCCGGCAGACGUCCAUCCUGCCGGAGAAAGGCGUCGGCGCUCUGCAGAACAACUUCUUCAUCACCGACCUUAUGGAGGUCCUCCAACGGGAGCCCGAGUGUUCGCCGUCCGACGCCCUCCGGUCGGCGAAAGCGCUCAGCUGCCCCAACCACGAGGGCAAGGUGAGUCGCCGCGCGUCGACGGACCCGAGUCCGCCGGCCCGAUCGACUCGACGUCGCCCCUCACAGGUGAUGGAGUUCUACUGCGAGUCGUGCGAGACGGCCAUGUGUCUAGAGUGCACGGAAGGCGAGCACGGCGAACACGUCACCGUCCCGCUGCGCGACGUGGCGGAGCGGCACAAGGCGGCGCUCCAGACACAGUUGGACGACAUCCGCGGCAGGUUGCCGCGCCUGACGGCGGCCGCCGAUCUGGUGGCCGAGAUCUCCCGGCAGCUGAACGAGCGCAAGGACCGUGCGGCGGCGGAGAUCGACGCCGCCUUCCGGGAGUUGGAACGGGCCCUGGAGCGGCGCAAAACGGCGCUGCUGGCCGACCUGGAGAGCGUCUGGGGCGCCAAGCAGAAGGUUCUGGAGGCCCAGCUGAACGCCCUCCUCCGAGGCCGCGAGCACAUCCGCGGCAGCUGCGGCUUCGCCGAGCGGGCGCUUCUUCACGGCGGCGCUGCCGAGGUUCUUUUGGUGCGGAAGCAAAUGAGCGAGCGUGCGGCGGCGCUGGCCAGACACGACUUCCCGGAGAAACCGCACCAGAACGCGCACCUGGACUGCCAGGUGGAGACGGAAGGGCUGCGUCGGUCCAUCCAGAAUCUGGGCGUUCUGCUCACCACGGCGGCGGUGGCGCACACUUCGGCGGCCACGGGCGAAGGUUUGCGGCUGGCCGCCACCGGCCAGCGCCGCACCGUCACCGUCACCACCAAAGACAAGGAUGGCGAACUGGUGAGGACGGGCAAUGCGCUUUUAGAAGCGGAGAUGACGUCGGCGGGGGGCGGGGAAGACGGCGGGCGGGCGGUCCCGGCUGAGGUGACGGACAACAAGAAUGGCACGUACGAGGUGGCCUACACGCUGCGCGGCGAAGGCGAGUACGCCUUGGCGCUCAGCCUCUACGGGCAGCCGCUGCGAGGGAGCCCCUUUCGCCUGCGCGCCGUCAAACCCCGCGACGUGCCGCCCUCGCCCGACGAGGACGUCAAGCGCCGCGUCAAGUCGCCCGCCGGCGGACACGUGCGCCAGAAGGCUGUCCGCCGACCCCCCGGCACGUACGCCGCCAAGAAGAAGGAGAACCCCGUCGAGGACGAACUCAUCUACAGAGUCGGAUCCCGUGGCCGAGAGCGCGGCGAGUUCACCAACCUUCAGGGAAUCUCGGCGUCGGGCGGCGGGCGGCUGGUGGUGGCCGACAGCAACAAUCAGUGCAUCCAGGUCUUCUCCAACGACGGGCAGUUCAAGAUGCGCUUCGGCGUCCGCGGCCGCUCGCCGGGUCAGCUGCAGCGGCCCACCGGCGUCGGCGUGGACCCGAACGGCGACAUCGUGGUGGCCGAUUACGACAACCGCUGGGUCAGCAUCUUCUCCUCCGACGGAAAGUUCAAGAACAAGAUCGGAUCGGGCCGCCUGAUGGGUCCCAAGGGCGUGGCCGUGGACAAGAACGGCCACAUCAUCGCCGUGGACAACAAGGCGUGCUGCGUCUUCAUCUUCCAGGCCAACGGGAAGCUGGUCACCAAGUUCGGAGGACGCGGCGUCGCCGACAGGCACUUUGCAGACAAGCAUCCUCCGAGCGUAAAUAAAUCGGUCUUCAGUCCGCACUUCGUGGCCGUCAACAACAAGAACGACAUCAUCGUCACCGACUUCCACAACCACUCCGUCAAGGUGUACAACGCCGACGGCGAGUUCCUCUUCAAAUUCGGCUCUCACGGCGAAGGCAACGGACAAUUUAACGCGCCCACCGGCGUCGCCGUCGACGCCAACGGCAACAUCAUCGUCGCAGACUGGGGGAACAGCAGGAUACAGGUUUUCGACGGCACGGGCUCUUUCCUGUCGUACAUCAACACGUCGGGCGACCCGCUGUACGGCCCGCAAGGUCUGGCCCUCACCUCGGACGGACACGUGGCCGUGGCCGACUCGGGCAACCACUGCUUCAAGGUCUACCGCUACCUGCAGUAGACCGGAUUUGGAAAUAUACGAGAUGAGAUCUUUUGAAAAGAGUCGUUUUCCACCAAAAAGUCUAUAUUUUGUCAAGAAAAAAACCCUCGUGUUAUGGAAGACAAGGCUGGAGAAUCAUCCAUUGAAAUUGUAACAAAUGUUUUUUUAAAAAAAAAUGGAAAUGAGUCAUGUUCUCAAAAAGGGGAGGGGCUUCUCUGAAGCACAAACCCCACCUGAAAAAUAUUUGCCAAGAUUAUUUUUAUGCCCCAAUACUGUUAUUUAAGAGUAAUAUAUUUAUGUGUAUGGUUUUUUUGUGCUUGUGUGUGAAUGAAACAGCAGCUGACACCAAACAAAGUUUUAUUGUAAAUAUUAAAAAAAACAUUUGCAAAA